AAAAAAAUUCAUUUGCAAAUGAUUGCUUUUGCCAGGAUCUUCUGCAAAGGCCAGGUGUCCACAGCCACCUUCCUAGAGAGCUGCGGGGUGGCCGACCUGAUCACCACCUGCUACAGAGGGCAGAACGGCAGGGUGCUCGAGGCAUUUGCCAGAAUUGCGAAGACCACUGAAGAACUAGAGAAGGACAUGCUGAACCGGCAGAAGCUCCACGGACCUCAGACUUCCACUGAAGUGUACCGCAUCCUCAAGCAGAAGGGACUGGUGAACAAGUUUCUAUUCUUCACUGUAGUAUAUCAGAUCUGCUAUGAAGGCAGACCCAUUCAAGAGACGUUGUCUUGUCUCCAGAGUUAUCCAGAGCAUAUAUAAAGUGAAUCAUGCAGUGUGUUGGGAAAAAUUCUGCCUUUCUGCUCAAUCUUUUGGAUUCAUAUGGAAACCAGGACCUGGCAACACGAUGUUUGCUUGACUGUAAUCCCAUCAUGGAUAUGUAUAAAUUUUUACAGGUUCCUUUUUUAAUUAUGAGAGGCAGUUCAUUGGCUAAGAUGUACUGGGCAACAACUAAACACAUGUGAAUGUGGCAGUGUGUGUUUAUUUCUCA